AAGCUGAACCAGAUGCUUUGUAAUUACAAAUUAUCUCUUUGGAAGAACAUUCAAUCACUAAAUCCGAAACUUAUAUUUAUGAUAUUUGCAAGCGGAAGUCAAGGGACAACCGAUAGAAGCUGAAGCAAAACCCUCAUGAUUGAGCAAUAGCAAGGAGUUCACAGUGCCACGAAAUUGGUGCCAUCUAUACUCGCAAAAAAUUUCUACUUAUUAUUUUCAUCUGAGAAUAAUUAAAUUUAGUUUCAAUAGUGCAUAAAAUGAACAAAAAAUCAUAUAAAAUGGUGUGAAUAUGUUUAUUGAAAAUGCUGUGAUUCAAUCAAGAUUGGUGUAAAAAGUGGUGGAGAAACAACCAAAAAAGUUUCAUUAACAUGAUUGUUAUAUAGCUCAAUGGUGAUUCGAUCUGCCUAUAAUGUUGUACUAAAUAUUUAAGUUGCUUAUUAGAAACUGAUGUGACAGGGAUUAUAGCUCAGAGCCACUGCUCAUGCAGGCUAAUUCAUGAAUGCGUGAAGUAAAUUAUGAGUAGAAUGGUUCCUCUUAAUCCUUACCUUUAUCUUGCUUUUCUUUUCUAGGGAUGGCAAUAAAUGCAUCCACAAGACCAUGAUAUAAAAAUUCAAGUAUAGUUUUUGCCUUCGUUAAAUUAUCAGCUAAUUUCUUUUUAUUCUGAAAAAUGUCAUUUAAUGGUUCACUGCCAUGAGCUUCUCUCCUUGCUUGCCUAGAUAACAUUUAAUGCUUCUUAGAGAGUCUCACACACACUAUCAUCCUUUAUGGAUUAAUGCUGGUUCCGAUGGAUUAAAUAUAUUUUGGUACGCAUUGCUUUUUGCAUUAUAUUUUUCUGUCCAUUUCAUGUUACCCUUUUUUUGGUUCGAUCAUGUUAGUAUGUCAAUUUUAGGUGCAAUACUAGUUCUUGUGGCCUGUCAUGAGGCACGUAUGCAUUGGGAUCUGAUCCUAAACUAGACUUGUUGGGUUUAUCACUGAGAUGUGACACCAUUAAAUGCCCUGCGUCAUAACAUGUUGAUAUUUCAUGCCUCUUUUGGUUUUUGUCAACACAGCUUGAUAAGCACAAGGGAUCAAUCAUGCCCUAGGACCAUCUUCUUCUUCAUUAGCACCACAAUCUCUCAUCUUUGAGAAGCUUCUUUCCACUUGCUCCCCCUUCCUCUCAAACUGUGAGAUGUUGAUGCACACACCAUACUUGUUGAUGUCAGAUGCUCUAUUUGGAGAUUCCGAGAUCGAGAGGAUUUUAGAUGAAGCUCAGAAGUGUGUGGAGUACAUUCAAUCCAAGGAAUGGAAUCCCCUGUUGAUACUUCCCAGUAAUUUUGAUUCCACCACCUCACCUUUGACCUCUCUUCUCGGAGCUCGUUGCGGUUCUGAGCGCUGGGCGAAGAAGAUGGGGUGUUCGUCGGAGCUUCUCGUGGUGAUGUCAUGGCUUUGCGUGGUGGGAUGCGCGCGUGGGAUUGGCGCCAACUGGGGGACGCAGGCGAGCCACCCGCUGCCGCCGAGCACGGUGGUGCAGCUGCUCAAGGACAACGGAAUCCAGAAGGCGAAGCUGUUCGACGCCGACGACCGCGUGCUGAGCGCCCUUGCCAACAGUGGGAUUCAGGUGAUGGUCGGGAUCCCCAACGAUAUGCUCGCCUCCCUCGCCUCCGACCACAAGGCGGCGGAGCGGUGGGUGGCGAAGAACGUCUCGGAUUACGUUCAUGAUGGAGUUGAUAUCAGGUUUGUUGCAGUCGGCAACGAGCCGUUCUUGGAGACCUACAACGGGAGCUUUCUGCAGACUACGUAUCCGGCGCUGCAGAACAUCCAAGCGGCUCUCGACGCGGUUGGGCUGAGCAACCAGGUCAAGACCACCGUCCCCCUCAAUGCCGACGUCUACCGAUCGGUGACCGGCAAGCCCUCCGAUGGUGACUUCCGCUCCAACAUACAUGACCUCAUGCUGUCCAUCGUCAAGUUCCUCAGCGACAAUGGCGCUCCCUUCACCGCCAACAUCUACCCCUUCAUCAGCCUCUACGAGGACCCCAACUUCCCCGUGGACUACGCCUUCUUCGACGGCUACUCCUCCCCCAUCGUCGACGGCUCGUUCACCUACACUAACGUGUUCGACGCCAACCAUGACACCCUCGUGGCGGCGCUGCAGAGGAACGGCUUCGGGAACGUCUCCAUCAUCGUGGGCGAGAUCGGGUGGCCGACGGACGGGAACAUGAACGCGAACCAGCAGCUCGCGCAGCGAUUCAACCAGGGCUUCAUGAACCAUGUCUCGAGUGGCAACGGCACGCCGCUGAGACCCGGGCCGAUCGACGCGUACCUCUUCAGCUUGGUCGACGAGGACGAGAAGAGCAUCCAGCCGGGGAACUUCGAGAGGCACUGGGGCGUGUUCGCCUACGACGGCAGCCCAAAGUACGAGCUCGAUCUCCGCAUCACAACAGAAGCGGCGGCGGCGGCGAAUUCCAGUUCACUCGUCGGGGCGAAGAACAUCAAGUACUUGGAGAGGAAGUGGUGCGUGCUGAAGCCUUCGGUGAGCCUCGACGACGCCGAGAUCGCGCCGAGCGUCAGCUACGCUUGCGAGAACGCAGACUGCUCCAGCCUCGGAUACAAGACGGCGUGCAGCGAUCUGGAUGCGCAGGGAAACAUCUCGUAUGCGUUCAACAGCUACUACCAGAAGAACGACCAGGACAACAGGGCCUGCGGGUUCUCGGGCUUGGCGACCGUCACCGAGAAGGAUCCAUCGACCUCUACCUGCAAAUUCGACAUCAUGAUCGAUGCUGAGGCUGCAGAAUCCUGGAAAGCCCGAACACUCACACAGCUCAAUUUGCUUUGGUGUAUUGUUCUUCCGGUUAUAGUGACGUUUGUGUGAGAUGUGUAUUGCUGUGAUGGCUUUUCUUGUAUUGUACCCGUGAUUGUGAUCUUGUGACAGAAGGUUUGAUUUGAGUUACGAACAAACUUUCUUUUUUGCGUAAUUAAAUGCUAGAACAUGUUGGUUUGA